AAAAGGAUAAACAUUAAGAGGUUGAACACACAUGUUUGAUGUUGGAUUUUGUGAUAUAAUUAUGAAGGAGCGUGAAAUGGAGAUUGGGUACCCAACAGAUGUUAAACAUGCUGCUCAUAUUGGCUGGGAUGGAUCAUCAAGCAGUGCUCCUUCUUGGAUGAAUGAGUUCAAGACAGCCCCUGAUUUUACAGCAACUACCAUUGGAAAUUCUGCUUCUGGUCUGUCUGCCUGGUCUUCUCAAGAUUUAGAGUAUGAAGCACGAGAAACACAUUCAUCAUUUAAAGAUAUCAUACUAAGUUGCCUUGCGCUAUUACAACAGAUUUCGCCACAUGGGCAACAACAGUAGCGGGUGUCACCACCAGACUCGCAGCAGCAGAUGCACCUAAUCAGUGUAAUAUGAUGAUCAUCCGUUUUACCUUCAAUAGUGUCUUAUGUUUUGUUAGAUUAAAUUUAUACCAAAGAAUCCUAUGGGUGUUUUUUGUUUGAAGUAAUGAUCGAAAUACCAAUUUACCUUUUGUUUGGAUAUA